GUCCCAUUCCAUUGGCUGCAGGUUGCUGGUACCCAGGAAAAAAAGCGAAGGAUGCAGCGUCGUCCAUCAGCAUUGUAGCCAACAAGGCGAACGUGAUGCUGAGGAGAGCACCUUUCCGGAUGGCGGGUAUGGGUUGUGUAGGAUUUCAAUUACUGGACAUGGCCAAGCCAAACUGAGGGCUUUGCAUUUGGACAUGAUUCACCGCCAGGUGAUACUGACACAGAACUUGUACCAGAACCGGUUUCUCGGGCUGGCAGCCAUGGCCUCGCUGUCAGGAUCGUCGCAAGGCCGCCGCCGGAGCAAGGACCCCAUCCGGCACAGCUUCGGCCCGGAGCAGUUCCCCGACGUCGACCUGCAGGGCAGUGGCGGCGAGGCGGCAGCGGCAGGACCGGCGCGCUCCACCAGCGACACAGACCUAGUGACAUCGCACUGCCACUCCGCGCUGACGGCCAGCGCGUCGCACUACGCCAUUGGCCAGUCGCCAGACAUCACCCUCACCUGGGACAUCAAGGAGGAGGUGGACGCCGGCGACUGGAUCGGCAUGUAUCUCAUAGACGAGGUGCUGUCGGAGAACUUUCUAGACUACAAGAACCGCGGUGUGAACGGGUCUCACAAAGGCCAAAUUGUGUGGAAGAUCGAAGCCAACUCCUACUUUGUUGAGCCGGAGACGAAGAUCUGCUUUAAGUACUACCACGGGGUCAGUGGCGCACUGAGAGCCACCACGCCCAGCGUGACUGUGAGGAACCCGUCAGCACCGGUGUUCAAACCGGUUGCCGUGGACGAUGUGCCUCAGAGUCAGGGCAGCAGAAGACUCAUCAGCUUCUCUCUUUCAGACUUCCAGGCCACGGGGUUGAAGAAGGGCAUGUUCUUCAACCCCGACCCCUACCUGAAGAUCGCCAUCCACCCAGGCAAACAUAGUAUCUUCCCAGCCUUACCUCACCACGGCCAGGAGAAAAGAUCGGGCAUCGUCGGCAACACCGUCAACCCUGUGUGGCAGCGAGAGCGGUUCAAUUUUGUAUCCCUGCCCACGGAUGUGUUGGAGAUUGAGGUUAAAGAUAAAUUUGCUAAGAGCAGACCCAUCAUAAAGCGCUUCCUGGGAAAACUGUCCAUGCCUGUUCAGCGAUUACUGGAGAAGCAUGCUAUCGGUGACAGGGUGGUCAGCUACACUUUGGGUCGCCGGCUGCCCACGGAGCACGUUAGCGGGCAGCUGCAGUUCCGUUUCGAGAUCACCUCUUCCAUACACCCAGACGACGAGGACACGUCGCUGAGCGCGGACCUAGAGUCUGUCGCCGCCCCGGAGGAGCCCGAGGGGGUGGAGCCAGAGUCGGGGGAGCGGCCCCAAGCCGAGGAUGCCAUGAGUCUGGGACGGGGCGCUCCCGAGCUCCCUCUGGACGGGCUGACGGAUGUGCCCAUGGACGUGGAGAGGGAGCCGGGCUGCGGAGCCGCGCCGACGCCCUCGGAGGUAGUGGAGGGUCAUGCCAAGAUCCAGGAGGAAGGAGAGAGGGUGCAGCAGGUGGAGGAGGCCCUGAUGUGGGCCGAGGAGGGGGGAGGAAGCGAGGAGGCUUCCCCAGAGCAGAUGGAGCAAGGAGAGGCAGCCGUGGAGCAAGCAGGAGGCGGCCCGGAGGAUAACCGCGCCGAAGCUGCCAGCGCAUGUGCCGAAGUGGCCGAAAGCACCAUGGUUCCCCCUGCUGUGGCUGACGAGGAGAUGCAGAGCGUGGAGGGGCUGUCUGAACUUCAGCCCGCCGAGGCCGUCCAGGCGGAGGAAGACGGGGAGUUGCUGGAGGACAACUGCCCACUCCGGAUUCGGACAACGCCGCGGCGGAAGCCCCGGCCGUGCUCGCUGCCCGUGUCCGAGCUGGAGACGGUGAUCGCGUCGGCGUGCGGCGAGCCCGAGACGCCGCGCUCGCACUACAUCCGCAUCCAUCACCUGCUGCACUGCCUGCCCUCUAACCAGUCGCCCACCAUCGAGGCGGACAGCGCCCAGCAUCCCGAGGCCGAGCAGCCGCCCGGCAAACCUGAGGAAGAGGAGGAGGAUGUUGAUGAUGAAGAGGGUACGGUCGUAGAGCCCCAAGCCCUCACGCCCAACGGCAUGCCCGGCCCCCGCCGGACCCUCCCCCGGAGCCGCUCCCACGAACGCCUCUCCGACCUCAUCCAAAUGCUGGACGGGGAGGGCCACCCGCUGGGCGCCGAGGGCCAAGUCCGAGGUCAGAGGUCGCCAGGUGAAAGCGAGGGUGACCUCAGUCCGGUGCCCUGCUGCAGUCAUAUGGUGCAGAGGAGUGCGGGCCCCAUGCGGGCGGCAUCACUGGACAGCGCCCGCCGCUCCGAGAGCACCAUCUUCUCCUCGCAGGAGGAAGAGGACGAGGUGGACCUGCUGAAUGGCAUUCUGGGCCUGGAGGAGGAGCUAUGUGAGGGGGCGGAAUCUCGAGAGCCUGGGGACAGCAGAGCUCAGUGGGAGGAAGCACCUGCCACACAUGUGCAGAGCCCGCACAGCAUCGGAGGAAGUAAUGUGACAUCGCUAGCUGGGACGAGCAGCAGGAGAGAAUGCCCUCUGCCGUGUAGCCAUCCACCAGUGACCCAGCUCCCUGCACUGAGACCCGACCCUCACCACUACCCCACCAUCGAUGAGCCCCUGCCUCCCAACUGGGAGGCACGCAUCGACAGCCAUGGCCGUGUUUUCUACGUCGACCACGUUAACCGCACAACCACCUGGCAGAGACCCACGGCGCCAGCCACGCCUGAUGGCCUGCGCAGGUCCAGCUCAGUCCAGCAGAUGGAGCAGCUCAACCGUAGGUAUCAGACCAUCCAGAGGACCAUGGCCCAGGAGCGGAGAGAAGCGGAGGGGGGUAGCUCCCACUCCGAGAGGACCAGCAGCACAGAGAGAGACACACCGCCUCAGACAAGCGAGUCGAGGAGAGAUGGCCUGUGCUCACUGAGUCACUGUCACAAAAUCACGCUGUUGCUGCAGUGCCCGGCCGUCAAGUUCAUCACACACCCCGAGUUCUUCACUGUGCUCCACGCUAAUUACGGCGCAUACCGCAUGUUCACCAGCAGCUCGUGCCUGAAGCACAUGAUCCUGAAGAUCCGCAGGGAUGCGCGGAACUUCGAGCGUUACCAACACAACCGCGACCUGGUCACCUUCCUGAACCGCUUCUCUGACGCACAAACCGAGCUGCCCAGGGGCUGGGAGAUCAAAACAGACCCUCAGGGAAAGUCAUUCUUUGUAGACCACAACAGCCGUGCCACGACCUUCAUUGACCCCCGGAUUCCUCUGCAGAAUGGCAGACUGCCCAGUCAGCUCAGCCACCGACAGCACCUGCAGAGACUGCGCAGCUACAGUGCAGGAGAGGCAUCUGAGGUGUCCCGUACUCGUGGAGUGUCUCUGUUGUCGAGGCCCAGCAACAGCUUAGUAGCAGCCAUCCGAAACCAAAGCCAACAGGAGCCGGUGCCGCUGGCAUACAAUGACAAGAUUGUAGCCUUCCUCCGGCAACCUAACAUCUUUGAGGUGCUUCAAGAGAGGCAGCCCAGCCUGGCCAGAAACCACUCUCUCAAGGAAAAGGUCCACCACAUUCGCACAGAGGGCAAUUCUAGAUUGGAAAAACUGUCCUGUGAUGCUGACUUGGUCAUGCUGCUAAGUUUGUUCGAGGAAGAGAUCAUGUCGUACGUUCCCCUUGCCGCCUUCCACCCCGGCUUAAGCUUCUCGCCACGCUGCUCACCGGGCUCCUCCCCUCAGAACUCCCCAGGGACCCAGAGAGCUCGAGCACCAGCCCCCUACCGCAGAGACUUUGAGGCCAAACUUCGCAACUUCUACAGGAAACUGGAAGCUAAGGGCUAUGGACAAGGCCCUGGCAAAAUCAAACUGAUCGUGAGGAGAGAUCACCUACUGGAAGGCACUUUUAACCAGGUCAUGGCCUAUUCACGCAAAGAACUCCAACGGAAUAAACUCUACAUCACCUUCGUCGGAGAGGAAGGUCUGGAUUACAGCGGUCCUUCUCGGGAAUUCUUCUUCCUGCUCUCUCAGGAGCUGUUCAACCCCUAUUACGGCUUGUUCGAAUACUCGGCCAACGACACCUACACGGUCCAGAUAAGCCCCAUGUCUGCGUUUGUGGAGAACCAUUUGGAAUGGUUCCGCUUCAGCGGCCGUAUACUGGGUCUGGCCCUGAUCCACCAGUACCUAUUGGAUGCUUUCUUCACCCGACCCUUUUACAAGGCUCUCCUCCGACUAUCCACCGACCUCAGCGAUUUGGAGUAUCUGGAUGAGGAGUUUCACCAGAGCCUGCAGUGGAUGAAGGACAACGACAUCACGGACGUGCUGGAUCUUACCUUCACCGUUAAUGAGGAGGUCUUCGGCCAGGUGACGGAGCGAGAGCUGAAAUCGGGAGGCGCCAACGUGCAGGUGACAGAGAAGAAUAAGAAAGAGUACAUUGAGCGGAUGGUGAAGUGGAGGGUGGAGCGAGGCGUGGUGCAGCAGACGCAGGCCCUGAUCCGGGGCUUUUAUGAGGUGGUGGAUUCGCGUUUGGUGUCCGUAUUCGAUGCCAGAGAGCUGGAGCUGGUCAUCGCUGGGACAGCUGAGAUUGACCUGAACGACUGGAGAAGCAACACCGAAUACAGAGGAGGCUACCACGACGGGCACAUCGUGAUCCGCUGGUUCUGGGGCGCGGUGGAGCGCUUCAACAACGAGCAGAGGCUGCGGCUGCUGCAGUUCGUGACGGGCACGUCCAGCGUGCCCUACGAGGGCUUCACGGCGCUGCGCGGCAGCAACGGGCUACGACGCUUCUGCAUCGAGAAGUGGGGCAAGGUCACCUCCCUGCCCAGGGCUCACACGUGUUUUAACCGUCUGGAUCUUCCUCCGUACCCCUCCUACACUAUGCUCUUUGAGAAGCUCGUCAUCGCGGUGGAGGAGACCAGCACGUUUGGCCUCGAGUGACCCCGCCUUUCGCCGACAUAUCUCUCCCCGUAUACCAACCGUUUCGUGCACCUUUUACAAAUUCUUCUACGUAAGUAAAAUUUAAACUGAAUAAAACAAUCAGCCCGUAUAUUAUGCGCCUUGACCAAGGACGACACUGCAUGCAUUACUCGACAGCGCACGCGACGCGCGAGCUACGUAUGCGACACGAAACUAAACGAAAGCCUUUAGCCUCCUUGAUCUCUCAGGGCCCGGAACUCUGCUGCAGCGCGACCACGCAGAAACGGCUGCAGUGUUCGCUCCGGACUUUGCGUGCUAGGCAGUUUGGUGGUGCCGCAAUUACUCGGUUUUAACUCAGCCAUUGCCACUGACAUCAGAGGCACGUGAACGAAUGCUUCCACACACACACACACACACACACACACACACACACACACACACACACACACACACACACACA